AUAAAUUCUCCCUCUCUAGCUUAUCUGCUUCUCAAGAGACAACAUGAAAACCCAACUUCUCAAUCUUCUUCUUCUUUUAAUCUUUUCAUAUUUCUCAUGUUUACUUGUCCUAGUAUCAGUAUCUGCAAAAGUUUUUUUGAGCAUAGAUUGUGGUUCUUCUUCAUUACAACCUUAUACCGAUGAAAGAUCAGUCGUAUGGGUCGGAGACAAUCCUUACACAAGAAAUGGAGAAAUUCACCAAGUCAAUACUGCACCACCAAAUACACUUCCUUUCGAUUCUUCUGUUAUGAGCACUCUUAGAGCAUUCCCAACUCUACAAAAGAAGAAUUGUUAUUCAAUAGAUAUUGAUAACAAAGACGAAGAUAAUACAGCGGUUGAACGAGUCCUUGUUCGAGCUAGUUUCUAUUACGGCGAUUAUGACAAUAAGGCAAACCCACCAACAUUCCUUCUUCAAUUCAAUGGAAACAAUUGGACACAAAUACAAACGUCGAUAAGUCGUAUCCGAUACAAAGAAGUGGUGUACUCAUUGAACAACGGAAACAAUAUAAACAUAUGUCUUGCUCAAACUCAACCAGAUAACAUUCCAUUUAUAUCGGCUCUCGAAGUAAGAAGUUUGGAUUCAGAGGCUUACAACUAUGUUGGUUCCACUUAUCCAUUGUUUUUCACAACAAGAAUGUCUUUUGCCAAGACAGAUAUAAGAUUCCCUGAAGACAGUUUCGAUCGAAUUUGGCUCACAUCUGUACCAGGACUUAACCGUACUAAUGGUUUAACCGUGGUUACAAGUAACUCGCCGUCCAUUAUUGUCGACAUUAAUGAAAAACCACCUGAAGCUGUAUUAAGGACAGCACACACGCAUUCUAAUUCAUCUGCAUUAACUACCCUUACUUACAUUAGUUUUGCAGAUCCUCCUUAUUAUCCUAUUCAUUUCAAUUUCUAUUUUUCAGAAGUGAUUAAACUAAGUCCUACUCAGAAAAGAUCAUUUGAUAUAAUAGUUAAUAACAAUAAACUUGAUAGUAUCAUUAUUCCUAAGGGCCCUGUGAUUCCACCAUACGGGCGAGUAUUGGAGGUUCGCAUUGCUAAUGUUACUUCUUUCACCGGCAACUCUUCAUUUUCGAUUACUUCAAAACCGACAAAUGAUUCAACUCUUCCUCCACUGGUCAAUGCCUUUGAAGGGUAUAUUAUUGGUCACAAAUUAGUUCAAGGAACCAAUUCAAAUGAUGUGAAAGCAUUGGGUUUAUUGCAAAAGAGUUUUAAUCAGCUUCAAAAUUGGAGCGGUGAUCCUUGUUUACCUUCACCAUACAAUUGGGAAUGGAUUGCUUGUAAUGAUGAUACCGAUUCUCCUCGAGUUACAGCACUGUAUCUCAAUGACCUUGGAUUAGAAGGCAUUUUACCAGAUUUUAGUGCAAUGGGUGCUCUCAAAACCAUAGACUUGCACAAUAACAGUUUGAUGCAAGAAUUUCCUGACUUUCUUGGCACAUUCCCGAAACUUGAAAUACUAAAUGUGGCGGAUAACAAAUUUUCAGGAACAAUACCUUCUUCAAUGUCAAACAAUAUCAAUUUGAAGUUGAAUGUAUCCGGUAAUCCUUUGUGUACCAACAGAACAGUAUGCAAAACUGACACCAUAACAAGAAGUCCUCCUUCUCCAAGCAAAGGCAAAAGCUCUAAAAUAUCAUCACAACCGAUAAUCGUACUCUUGAUUACGUUUUUUGGUUUAUUAAUGUGAUCGAUAUGGAUAUGACCUCUCCACAAAACUCUUUCUAUAAAGUAUUUUCAAUAUUCGUUCAGAAUUCUCUUUUAUAGCUUGAAUUUACUUUUUUUUUGGCUUCGUGUUGUAUAUGUUGUGUAUUGCGAGUGUGAAGUCAUACUUUUUUACCUUGACAUCUUUGUGUUAUUCCGUCCCAGUUGAUUAUCAAUGUAUAUUAUCCAUGAAUAUCAAUUUACUGAAGGUAAUGUGUCAAUCGCGUGAGAGGGGAUCCAUGCAUAGAGAAAUUAAUGCAUGGCUACGGGAAGUUGUGGAUUAGUUGUAGAUACCAAAAUACGAACCGCCACGUGGACGAAGAGAAGACGCGAGAAUCCUGUCGAAAGAUCUUGUACCGUGCCUCGAAAAGCUUCGUUUGUGACUUGUUAAAUCAAGUCAGAGUCAUCAUUAUUGACUAAUCGACGAAGUAAAAGUCAUGGGGGAGAUAAUGUCUCAGGAUGAAGUAACCCAUUAGGAGAAUAUGAGCUACAAAGGAUCAAUGGAGUACCCUAUAAGAUACCAAUCACGAAGUAUAAAUGGGCGAAAUAAGCUAAAUAGAGGCCCUUGGAAAAGACAUAGGGGUUCUGAUUUUGGGAGGAAGGAAGAGCUUAGCUU